AUGUCAGAUCUGGAUGCUGAGGCUGCUAAGAAAGCCAAGUUAGAGGAAGCAAGGAAGAGGGUUGAGGAAUUGAAGAAAAAAAAAAAGAAUAAGAAUAAGGGCAAAAAGAAGGCAGAUGAGAAAGAUGGUAGUGAUGAAAUCAUACCUAUUAAUAGCAAUGAAGAUGAAAUUAGUAUUAAUGAGACAGUUGAUGAAACUGUUGGUAUUGAAGAAACAAUUGAUGAUAAAGUAGAAACAAUCGAAACACCAGUUUCAGUUGAAGACGGAGAAGUGAAAGCUAGACUUCCUAAUCCAAACGAAGAAGAAGAAGAAGCUCCAAGUGAAAGUGAAGAUAAUGUAAAUAGUAAUGAAAUUUUAGAGGAAAAGGAAGACAAUACAGAAAACGCUGUUAAUGAGAGAGAAGUCGGACCUACAACAAAUGUCGAAACUAAGUUAGAGCAAAGUUUACCAUUAAUCAAAACUGAGGAAAGUAAAAGUGAAGAAGUGAAAGCUACCGAUUCCACUCCAAAUUUUUUUGGCGAAGAGACAGAUAAAUCUGACUUUAUGCUGUCAAUUGAAGAUGAUAAAAAAUCAGUGGAAAUUGAGGAAUUGAAGAAAGCAUUGGAAGGUGCUAAAGCUGAAAAUAAAAAGAUGAUGUUUGUCCAAAUGGAUCAAGAAACUACAAUCGAUGAAUUGAAUGAUGAAAUUGCUUCCUUAAAGGCAGAAUUGAAUAAUGUUAAAAGAGAACUAGAGAUUGUUAAGAAUAGCUCCAAUAUGCAACCGUUGGUUCAACAGUCAUCAACUCCUCAUAUUCAAUUAUCUAAUUUCAAUAAUGCAAAUAAUUCACCAGUAUCAAGCAAUGGCCAACCAUCUGUAAAUGUUCCAAUUGAUCGCGCUAUGUUUAACAAAUGGCGUGACUGGAAUAUUGAUAUGAGUUGUUGGAGAAGUAUCGGUUCUGGUCCAAUAGUCGAAUUUUAA